AGAGAGAGAGAGAGAGAGAGACACUCAGAGUGAGAGAAAGGCAGUGUUACUUGAGCGCAGACACGAGACACCAGCUCAAGAAGGCAGUUGGACAGAGAGAACAUAACAAUGAGUCACAAACACACUGCAGAAUAAAGAGAAAGAAAAACACAGGACCAAAAGCAGGACGGACACCAAGAGGGGCUGAAACCAUAGGACAGAGUGCCAAGAGACAGACAGACAGACAUAGAGAGAGAGAGAGAGACGUCUCUUGGGAUUCUCCCCAUCUGGCAGGCAUGGCGUCGGAACCAGGCACGCAGUCCAGAGUGAUGUUUCAGACUAAAGAGGAGCCUGCCCAACGCAAACUGGGCAAACUAACAGUCAAAUACAACCGCAAAGACCUGCAGAGGAGACUGGACAUCGAGGAGUGGAUAGACGGACAGCUGCACCUGCUGUAUGACUGUGAGGAGGAGGAAAUUCCAGAGUUGGAGAUCGACAUCGAUGAACUUCUAGAGCUCACAGAUACAGAACAAAGAUCUAGACUGCAGGAGCUUUUGCAAGAAUGUGGCAAGCCAAAGGAGGAUUUUAUCAAUGGGCUGCUUUAUCGGAUAAAAGGACUUCGCAAGAUGUCAGGAUCGCUGAAGAAAUAGGAUUAGUUCAAAGUCAAGAUAAUGUGAACCACAUUGCCCCGCCCCUGACCAAACCCCAUAUCAUAACUCCACCUCCAGCCACACCCUUGAAUCUUCCUGUAUGUAGAGCAUUGAGUGUCAGUCUGUGAAGUCUCUAGAACUGUCAUAAUUCACUGCACAUAUGGGACAAUGACGGAAUAUUCUAGAAACAGUGUUUUUAACAACUAUUAAUUCUGUACAGUUUUGACAGCAGAUUUAGAGUCGCAUUGCAAAUAAAAUGUAUUGCCUAUUACUCAAAUGCAUUUUUUUUUUUUUUGUGAAAUGUACAUUUUGGUUGCCUAUUUAUAUAUAUAUAUUGUUUUGACAAGUGUUGUAUGUCACAAUAAACAAUUUGUUUUCAAAAUAAAAGAU